AUUUUACAGAUUGUUCUCAAGAUUUUCGAGAACCAUGGGACCCAGACGUGCGGUAGCCCUAGCAGUUUUGCUAACUGAGCUCUCUCUGGUUCGUGGGGUACAACAGUCUUUUGAAGUUCAGCCAGCUGAGCUAACCACGGCUAUUGGUGGAGCUAAUGAUGUAGUCCUCUAUUGUACCAUUGCCAACCGAGCUGGAGAGGUCCAAUGGUCUAAAGACAAUUUUGCAUUUGGGACUGACAGAGAGAUUGCGGGAAAACCUCGCUUUUCCAUGAUUGGGAAUCCAGAUCUUGGGGAGUUUCAUCUACAGAUCAAACCAGUAUUGUUAGAAGAUGAUGGAGUCUACCAAUGUCAGGUACAACCAGGUGGUGAUAGUACACAGAUCAGGUCACAUGAUGCCAGGCUUGUCAUUCAAAUUCCACCAGACAACCCACAGAUAAGUGAAGGUGAAGCGGCUAUUUCAGUUGUAGCUGGUGUUACACAUAAUUUAACCUGUACGUCAAAUAAUGGCAAUCCAGCUGCUAGCAUUACAUGGUUAAAAAACGACGAGGAAGUGACUAGUGAUUUAAUAUACAAGAGUGAACCAGCAGGUGAUGCUGUAGGUAAAUUAUGGAAUGCUAUCAGUGUCUUACCAAUAACUCCUUCUGUAGAAGAUAUUGAUGCACGAUAUACAUGUCAAGCUAUCAAUAUAGCUAUCAAGGUACCCACUAAUGCUGUAAUUGCGUUGGAUGUACAAUAUAAACCAAUUGUUAGUAUUAUCGUUGAGCCAGAGGUAGCUGUGGAAGGCGAUGAUAUUAAAAUCAAAUGUCUAGCAGAAGCUAACCCCGGAGAGGGUAUGUCAUAUGAAUGGCUAAAGGAUGGUGAUAUUAUGUCUGAUGUCGCUGGAGACGUCUUGGAAUUAAUAGCAGUGCCACCAGAAUACAAUGGAAUAUCAGUCACAUGUAAGGCAACAAACUCAAUUGGAACUGGGAAAACAUCUAAAGAAAUAAACGUGCAAUUUGGUCCGAGAAUAACAUCACCACCAGAAGACAGCAUCGUAGACCCUGAAGGCACUGCUACAUUCAGUUGUGAAGCUGUGGGAAAUCCAGAACCAGUCAUCACAUGGAAAAGAUUGGGUUCUAAUAUCUUGCUGAGUCGAAUGUCAGUGUUGAGAAUAGAUGAUGUCCAGUCUUCUGACAGUGGUGGAUAUAUGUGUUCAGCUAAGGUACCUGGAUUUGAAGACGCUAAUGCUUUCGCUACGCUGCAUAUUAAAAGUACUCCUGUUAUCACCAGCAAUUCAAUUCAGUAUGCAAGCAUUGGAAAAAAUGUUGAAGUGGAAUGCUUCACAAACACACGCCCUCAACCCGAUAGGACCCUAUGGCAGUGGGAUGGUGGCGAGAUUGAAGAGGGAACACAUGGAAAAUAUUCUGUCAAAACAGUGGAUUCCUAUGGAGGGAAAAAGAGCUUACUGAAGAUUAUGAAAGUCAAGAAAGUAGAUUUCAGAGUUUAUAACUGCACAAUGUGGAACAGCUUGGGAGUUGAGUCGUUUCUUAUCACACUCAAAAAAGAAAACCCCAUGCCAUUGAUGAUCAUUAUUGGUGGUUUGAUUGGUGGCGCUGUACUAAUCCUCAUUACAGCAAUUAUUAUUGUAUUACUCAAUAGAUGUAAAGCUAGAAAACAACAGAGAGAAUUACACAAGAAGGGGUUGAAAGUUGAAAUAACACCGUCAGAACAAAACUAUGAUGUACAUGAACCAUUUUACCCAGAUGACUAUGUUACAUUGCAUAAAAAACCCUACAGUGAUUCACCUGAUAAUUUCUAUGGAUCAAGUCAACCACAUGACCGUGUAUCACCUGAAUCCUCCCAGUCAGGAGAACCAUAUCUAGAUAAUCUACCACAGGAUUAUAAGAUUCCUAAUGGCUAUGAAAACCCCUAUGAUAGAAGACCACCAAUGGAUUACACGGAUAUUGAUUAUAUACCAAGAAAUUACGAUUAUCCUCCACUUGAACCAAAUGGUUACAUCGAUGAACCGAUUCGAAAAGAUUACCGACCACCGUCACGGGCAUCUAUGGGGUCACGUCAUGAUGACUUUUACGGACCGCAGUUGCCCCUUGGUGCUUUGGCAACUAACGUGUGAUUUUGUGCAAAAUGUGAUAGAAUAGAAAUUUUGCAUUUCACUGUCCUAGUAUGAUUAUAAAAAUGUAAUAGUAGGACUUUCUUCUGAGAGUAAAUGUCAAGUCCAUCCAUGUAGUAAUUUGUAUAGCCUUCAUGGUUAUGUUUCAAUUGUCAAAUAUGUUGAUGAUGUCAUGCAAUUCAGCACAUAAAUUGAUGAUGUCAUACUUUAGUACUCAUGAUGUCAUUCAUCUUAUUCAAAAGUGUGAUGUUGUUCCUGGGUACUCAUGAACUGAUAUGUAAUGUGUAUUGUUCAUGAUGAUGUCAUACAUACUUCUCAUAAAGUGAUGAUGUCAUACAUACUUCUCAAGAAGUGAUGUCAUAAUACUUCUUUAAGUAGUGAUGAGGUCAUACAUACUUCUCAAGAAGUGGUGAUAUACAUAAUCCCACGUAUACAUAUGUUUAUGCAGAUUGUUUUUUUAAUCGCUUCAAAUAGAGUUCAAGGAUUUUUUAAAUGGCAUAUAAAUAUCUGACAAUCCAUAUGAACAAAAAGUUUUAAAAAUGUGAUCAGCUCUGAAAUAUUUCGGGAUGGGAGUAAUUUAAGUGGUAUUGGGUUCAAAAUCAAAUAAAAAAAAAUAUUAUCUCAUCAUUUAUAUAUUCAACAUAGCAAAAGAAAAUAUUAUUUAAUUUCAUUUAAGAAUUAAGUAUAAAGAUACUUACUAGUAGUACAGUUCAUAAUAUUGUUUUUCAUUUCAUCCUAGUAUUAAAUUACAUGUAAAUAUGAAUUAUAA